AUGGAGGCAGCGCCCGUCUUGUCCACUCCCGAUGAUCGCAUUCUAGAGGCUACCGAGCCUGUCGUCGCCCUCGAGAAGCAGCCGCUUACCGACGAUGAACUUUCCAUUACCUACGACAUUGAGCGGACGCUGAGAGAGAUCCGUCAAGCGCGCUACAGGCGCAUCGCUCUCCAGUUCCCUGAUGAUAUGCUUCCGGAUGCGCCAAGGGUAUUUCAGCUGCUCAGCCGCGGUCUAAAGUCUGAGACGAUUACUGCAACGAACGGAAAGACGACCAGCAACGCCAACGAAAAUGAUCCAGGCUCAAAAGUCGGCCUAUCUCAGUCAGUGUCUCAGUUGUCUGUGGCAGACGACUCAGACGUUUAUUCCCCACGACUUACCAUCCUCGCCGAUACAUCUUACGGUACAUGCUGUGUGGACGAGGUGGCUGCAGAACAUGUGGAUGCAGAUGUCAUUGUACACUAUGGUCGAUCUUGUUUAUCACCAAGUGCAAGGCUACCUGUCAUCUAUGUUUUCACGAAUAAACCUCUGGCUCUUGAACCCCUCGUGAAGGCUUUCAAGGCGACGUAUCCUGACUUGGCCACCAAGGUGGCGCUGGCAGCUGAUGUGACUUUUGCCAGCCACGUUCCUGAGCUGCAUAUGCGCCUGCACCAAGACGGUUAUGUCAACUUGUUUGCAACCGAGGUGGUUCACAAUCCCUCGUCGCCAAUUCCCAACCGUACUGUGCCUGACUCGGUCGCGUCGGUACCGGAGACGCUGUCAGAUUGGCAGCUAUUCCACAUCUCCGAUCCUCCUACUGCUUUACUCUUAACUCUCGCUUCACGAGUGGCCGCCAUUCACAUCUAUCCGACAGACCAACCUCAUGACGCCGAUGUGAAGCCACUGCCAACGUCCACUUCGGCUGCGCUGGGUCGUCGCUAUGGGAUUAUCACUUCCUUGAACACAGUUCCAAUUUGGGGCAUCUUGAUCAACACUCUCAGCGUCAAGAACUAUCUGCACAUCGUGGAUCAUGUGAAGAAGCAAAUUGCUGAUGCCGGUAAAAAGAGCUAUAUGUUCGUUGUCGGAAAACUCAACGCGGCCAAGGUUGCGAACUUUAGCGAAAUCGGCGGCUGGGUGGUCAUUGGCUGCUGGGAGAGCUCGCUCGUUGAUAGCAGAGAUUUCUGGAAGCCUGUCAUUACGCCCUUUGAAUUGGAAUUGGCUCUUCAGAGCGACGCUGAGCGAGUUUGGACCGGGUCAUGGCACAGCAACUUCCAAGAAGUUCUUGAUAAGCCAGCCCAGGCGAAGUCUACGGACGGCGAUGGACAAGUGAACCCCGACGGUGUGCAAGUGAAUGAGGAGGAGGAUGAUGAUAUGUCGGAACCCGAGAGCGCACCACCCGAGUUUGAUCUACGCACCGGACGAUAUGUCUCUCAUUCCCGUCCAAUGCGGGAUCCCGCACCCCGGCCUUCCGCUCCCAUCGACGGAUCGGUAGCAGAUGGGCCGUCUGCUGCGAGAGCUCUGGCACGAAGGGCCAAGGGCGACUUGGCAAUGAUCGGCGGGGCGGUCUCGCCAGGGGCCCAAUACUUACAGUCCCAAAGAACUUGGAAGGGGUUAGGCAGUGAUUUUGACAUUCGAUACGAAGAGGACGGAGAUGAUGCAUCAGACAGCACGCUUGUAAAAGAAGGGCGCAAAGGCAUUGCUAGGGGCUAUACCGUGGGCGAAUUGGGCGAGAAGCAUUGA